CGACUUUCUUGAUGUGACACCGGUUCCUGUUAUGUCGUCCUCCACUUCCCUGUCGCUGGCGUAGUAUAUAUACUAUAAGUAUUAUAUAUUAUUAUAUGAUAAUACUGGUGAAGAAAUGAAGGAUGGCUGUUACUUACUAAAGUUCAACUUGGGUAUUCAUCAUUGAAUGCUAUAUAUAUAUGGUUUCAUCUCAAAUCAUAUCAAUGCUGAGUCAUUGUUGAAUUGGUAAAAUCAAGCCAUGUCUAUACCAGUGAGAGCAGCUCCCCCAAGACCUGUAGCAAAACCAGGACAUGUGAAGGUAAUGAAAGCUUUGUUCAAGUAUGUUGCACAGCAGCCAGAUGAACUGUCAUUUGAGGAAGGUGAUCUCCUCUAUGUUGUUGACCAAAAGGAAACAGGGUGGUGGACAGCAAAAUGUGGUGGCAGAACCGGUCUCGUUCCAGAGAACUAUGUGGAAGAAAGUGCAGAAACCCUCCUCAAUCCUUUGCACGAAGCAGCAAAGAGGGGUAACAUUGAUUUUAUGUCCGAGUGCUUGCGCAACCAGGUGUCAGUGAAUGGCCUGGACAAAGCGGGAUCGACUCCACUGUAUUGGGCAAGCCAUGCAGGUCAUGUAGAUUGUGUUAGGAAUCUACUUGCUGUACCAACAGUGGCAGUGAACUCACAGAAUAAGCUGGGUGACACACCCCUACAUGCAGCAGCAUGGAAAGGUCAUGCAGAUAUUGUUAAGCUUCUUCUAGAUGAAGGUGCUAAUACUUCUAUUACGAACAAGGAGAAUAAAACUGCCUUGAACUUGGCUCACAAUGCAGAUACUGCAACUUUACUUAAACAAGCAAUUGCUCCUGUCAGAGUUUAUUCUGGUGAGUAUGGUGAAGAAGAGGAUUCAGAUUAGAGGAUAACGCGGUGAAGAUAACCAUCUAGCAUUAAUACGAACAACUGAUCGAGCCCAUACACGUUUUAGGGUGUAGAUUGUGGACACCUGCAUACAGACACAGACGCAUGCACACACAUUUGUAUAUACGAGUUUGCCCAUUUAAAUCAAACAGUUAUAACCAGUAUUUAAUGAGUCUUCCGUUGUGUUUCUAGUGACAAAUUGAAUGUAUAAACAGCUAUAUUUUCAGUAAAAGUCAAUAAUAUAGUGUGAACCUUCAACAGUGAAGUGACCCACAUUGAUGUUUACUGCAAAAUGCUUUUAUACUAAUGUUUGGUGUGGUAUAACGCUAUGAUAAAAUUUAUGUAUUUGUUCCUGAAAUUUUCAUUAGAAACCUUUUGGUAGGUUAAAAUUCAAAUUGUUUGUUUGUAGCAAACAUAACAAUAAAAUUCAAACUGUUUUUAAGUAGCAAACAUUGAGAAGUAAACCAUUUAUGAAUUCAUUCUUUAAUGGUAUUGGUUUGUAGACAUUAGCAAAUUUAUAGAAGAUAAGGGAGAGUUCUGACUACUGCUAGAUUGACUGCUCCACCAGCUGGCAGUCAGCACACAUAAUAGUAACCAUGUACUAUUACACUUGUUUUCCCUAUUUUAAUUAGUCCAGGAGUUUAUAUGGAAGGUCAGUUUGGCCAGUUGAAUUUCAGAAUACAGAUUAUAAUUGCUAAUGGUUAAAUACAAACAUGUAAUUUUGCAACUGAAAUAAACAUUGACGAAGUAAAAUUGA